GACGGCAUAACCGUCACAGGAACUAAACUUUAGCUAGUAGCUUGUAGUUGUAACUGUAAACCUCGGCUGCUAGUAUUCAAAACAAAGACUUUGAGAGACAUUUUAUUCUGCUUUUCACUUACUUCGAUUUUGAUAUGGAGCUGUAGGCAAAUAUAUACAGAGUCUCGAGGAAUGGUCCCACUGCAGCCGUAAACAUGCACAGCCGUUUGCAGGAGUUGAAGAAAGAAGAGGAGACUCUCCUCAAAAUCAAAGUCAUGUUACAAGACCAACUGAACCGCUUAAAAUUUGAAGAAGGGGCCUUGAAGUCUAUCAUUAAUGCUCAAACAGAGGGAGAAGACCCUCAACGCUCGACCUUAGAAGCUGAGGUUCCAGUUAAUCUUGAUGAUGAGAGCGAGAUCAAUCGAACCAAACUCCGUCUGAAUUCAGCCGUAGAUUAUGAAAUGGAAGAGGAAGAAGAGGAUGAGGACGAUGAAGAUGAUGAAGAGGAGAAUGGUGACGAGCUUGGAUUUGUGCCUGAGGAGGAUGAGGAGGAAGAUGAUUACUAAAAAUGUUGGGGUAUCUGUAUUUGCACUAAUGAAGAGGAGUGUGAUUUAUAAGUAAACAGACACAUGUUUGUAUUAUGGGUUAAGUUUAUUUAAAUGGAGUAACAGUUACAGUGUAAUGAUGUGCGGUGCUUGCAAUACCCUCUCUUUGCCUGAUUUAAGGCAUGUAAUCUAUUUCUCACCAUCUUAGUCAUGUGUCAAAUUUAGUAGGUAAUUUCUCACUGAUACACAGUGGACAAGUGUUAUCAGGUGUUGAUAAAGUAGCUUCCUUGACAUAUUGUACAUUAUGGAGAUAUGAAGGUGAGUAACGGUUUACCUUAGGAAAAAAAAAAUCCAAUGUUGAGAUGUGUUUAAAAUGUAUGGCUGGGCCAUAUGAGAAGAUUCUAUGUAUGUAAUGUAAUGAAAGAAAUGAAAAGCACAAAAUAAAUGUUUUGUACAUG